AUGCGGUGCGCGAGCAAGGCCGCCGAGAGCGCGUCUGCACGUCUCUGUGCGGACGCCGAAGCAGAAACAACAGCAACUGAUGUCUCAUCGGUUGCUGAAGCGACCCAGCCUGUGUCACUUGGUGAUGCAGGCGCUGGUCAUGAAGACACUCGUGUCUUCACAGAGUACGAGCUCGGUGUCUCGUACUCUCCUGAUACGGAUGACGGAUCCGUAUCGACGGCGAUUGAAUCUAAGCCGCCUGCCAAGUGUGGCAUGGACGAUGCUUUGCGUCGCAGCAUCUUUGGUUCAUCUGAUGAAUCAGAUGAACCAUCGCCGAAGCGAAGGCACUCGAGGUCGCGAGACUCGGGCGCUAACAGUGGUGUCGGUUCUCCUAUUGACACCACUUCGCAGCGAGGUGCCAGUCCUUAUGUCGGUACAUCGCAGGAAGAGCGGGACCGCAGUGUGUUGCGUCUCGCUCCCGAGAAGAAGGCAUGGAUACCUCCCAAAUCCGUCAUGAAUCACUUGUCGGCGACGACGAGUGAUCGUUAUCGAACACGAUUGUUCGAUUCGUCAAGGAUCUAUCACCUUGACCCCAGCGCGAAAAAAUAUCGCGCUGAGAAUGAAUUCUUCAUCGAUGCUUUCUUUAGACAUCGAUGGUACAGUGGGAAUCACAAGCGUGAUGGUCCCUCACUACUUCAAGCGUGGAACGCCUACAUCCAUAACCUCGAGGAUGUAAGUCGUGACGUUUGGAACGACAAACUUAUCAAAGCUCGUGAUAAGUUUGAAAAGCGAACCCCGACAGGUGCACGCUACAAGCUGCAUCGUCUGUCGAGGGAGAAAGGAUUAUCCUGCCUCUCAUGGGAAGACCCGGAUUUACAACCUGAAAUCCUUUACGACCGUGCCGGGAAGACUUUCUCCGGCGGUCCUUCUGCGGCACAGGAUGUGCCGCGUCGUACUGCUCAACCAGACCCAGUACGUCGAUCAUCAGUUGGGAGCGGGGCUCCCAAGUAUCCCAGGACGGGGGAUAGCCGCGCCACCGGACGAGAUAACUCGUCCGACGUCCGUUCACGUCGCGGAGGUUCAACAGCUGCUCAACUAUAUAGCGCUGGCCACCGCGAGAGUCCUCUAAUGGAGGUGGAGGAGGAGGAAAGACGCUCUCCACACGAUCAUGUGGAUCGGUGUGUUCCCGAGAGCUUCUUUGAUCGCGUAACGCAAGGGUUACGCAGCGAUCUCGAACAUGAGCGGAAUAGGCGUCUCCAGAUGGUGGACACUGCCUCGAAGCAUCGAGCUGAGUUUGCCUUUGCUCAGCUUGAGAACGAGAGAUCUCUGACAUCUCUUCGUGACGAGCUAAGGGUAGCUCGUGGGAUGGCUGAUCGGUCUCGGGAUGAGAUAGCUGCUCUUCAGACCCUUGUUGAUGCCCACCAUCGGGAGCACAAGGCUCUCUGCGAGAUGCUUGAGCGCAAGGGCGUUCUUCAUCGAAAGAAGCAGCGUACUGAUGGUACGGCUUAA